GACAAAGUAGGAAGGAACCUGUCGAAAACACCAACGCCGGGUCCCUUCUGCCUCAGGUCACCAGGACUCGAUGUGGGAUGCCAGCCCCAUGACCACGGCGAACACAUAGACCAGCCGAACCCCCGAAACCUCCAUUCGAGUCCCACCUUGCAGUCCCUUUUUCACGAACCACGCCGUAUCCCGACCGCCAUCCCAUCCCUCGCCGCCCUGCCGCUGCCGCUGCCGCAGCUGCCGCAUUUCAGCUCCCAGGCUUCCUGAGAGCUGUCUCCCGUCUCCUCUCUCUCUUCGCAACUAGAACUUGCACCUCCAAGUCGCACCUAAUGUCAACCACCGCCUGAUUUCUACACAACAACAACCCCGACAACCCGAACAACCGCAACCAUGGCGCUCAUAUCCGCCAAAACGAUCCUCACCUCCCUCUGCUUCUUCCACAUCACCCUCGCCUUCUUCUUCCUCACCAACCCAGGGACGGUGGCCGACCAACCGAUAGUCCAGCUCCUCGGCGAGUCUAUGGGCCUACCAAACUCCCGCUCUUUCGAAACGUCCUCGCCCGCCCUAGGCUUCCUCGCCGUCAUCCUCGCCUUCCUCGGCAUAACCGACCUCGUGACGCUCUCCCUCCCGGACGAGAUCUGCCUGAUCCACUACUGGGGAAUGCAAGCCCCCCUCCGCCUAACCCUAACCUUCCUCCUCUCCGUCUACUCCUUCUUCUUCUCCGCCUCCUCCCCGCUCUUCUACACCGCCGAACCCCACAACACCUCCACCACCCCGGGGGGCUCGGCCUCCUCCUCCUCGAACCGGUUCCAGCACCCCUCGGUCCACCGCGCGGCCAACAACCCGGGGUACGCGCCCUCGACCUGGGGCGGCGACGCGCUCAAGAACCGCGUUUUCUUUACCUUCAUGUUUGUCGAGACCAUGAGCUGGUUCUGGGUGUGGGUUACGCUGCAGGAGGAGCGGCGGGAUUUGCUGACGAAGCGGGCGAGGCGGCGGAGUUCGAGUUCGGGGGCGGUGUAUCAGUAGGGAGGAUUGAGCACUAGAUAUAGAGGGGGUUG